CGACAGCGUAAAGGCUUAUGGGUAGGGUACCAACGUCCUUGUCCUGCCCUGCGCACACUGACCGUCUUCACGCCGGAGCUCCGGGAUCUCUGUCAUUCACUCGUACUUGAACAAGAAGCGACUUUCCGACAUGAUGGCAGCGAGGUUUCUCCGCCGGGCUCUCCCGGUGCUCAGGCAGGCCCGGUCCUACGCAGAGGCGGCCUCCGGUGCCCCGCAGAUGUCCUUCACUUUCGCCUCCCCGACACAGGUAUUUUUCACCAAGGCCAGUGUGAAACAGGUUGAUGUGCCCACACUCACCGGGCAAUUCGGUAUCCUCCCUGCCCACGUCCCCACCCUGCAGGUGCUCAGGCCCGGCGUUGUCACAGUCUACAAUGACGACGGCUCCGCUGUCAAAUACUUUGUGAGCAGCGGAUCAGUAACAGUCAAUGCUGAUUCUUCAGUGCAGCUGUUAGCUGAGGAGGCGUUUACCUUGGACCAGUUCGACGUUGCAGCUGCCAAGGCCAACCUGGAGAAGGCCCAGUCUGAAUUGGCUGGAACAUCUGACGAGGCAGGGAGGGCAGCGGUUCAGAUCAGCAUAGAGGCCAACGAGGCCAUCGUCAAGGCUCUGGAGUAGAACUGUGGUACGACACCUCAGCUUCUGCACCAUGAAUAAAUUAUCAGUCUUUUUCUUUUGCCCAGUCCAGCACUAAAUAAUUACAUUUACAGGAAACCAGUGGUUACGUACAUAUAUUGAGUCUCGUUUUAUUUCCGUCCCACUAGGUACUUUUUCUUUUUCUUUGGUGGAAAGCAAUGGUCCAUCUCUGUUUCCAGCUCAGUCACGUCAGUGUCCAGGAGAUUCCAUGCUUGCUUUGUACAGUGGAUGAAAAUAAAAAUAAAUUUAUUUGGAAUUA